UAAUUUUACUACAAUCAGAAGUGGGGCGUUAGACAUUCUCAUCAAGUUUUCAAUACAUUUCAUUCAAAAACAAACACUUCAUUCCUUAUAUUUUAUAUACUAAAGUACUAAAAUAAAAAACAAGAGCAAUUCUUACAAGUUUGAUGCAAGUUUGAUUUCUUCUUAAAACAAAUUCAAGACAUGUCCAAACUGACGCUACAACUCCAUCCAACAAGCUUUUAACAAAAGUCUCGCAACAAAGCAAUUCCGACGAAAUUUCUUAGCACAUUAGCAAUGCGAGAUUUUGUGAUUCUAAGAAAGUACGGUGCAACCUUUUCCAAGAAUAUCAUACGGAUUUUUUCCGACUCCAGGUUGUAUCAUUGUGAAGAGACGGUGUUUAUAGCAAGAAAAAGCUACUUGUAGCUUAAACCCCAAAGUUAACUCCUUCUCACUAUUUACUAUUGUGGAGUCUAUCCAAAAUAAUAAUGAAAAGGAGGUACCGUUACCUCCUCCGUCAAGACUGAGUAUGAUUUCGUUCGCCGACGUUGCACAACAGCCUUCCGGUGUUGAAGUUGAUCUAUUAGUUGUGGUGGAAAACUGUGGGGUAAUGCAAUACACUGCUGAUCAGAGUAAGAGAUUUCAAGAGGCCAUAGUUAUGGACAGAAUGAAGAAACCUCUCUUCUUCAAUAUAUGGGAAUACUUGGCAAGCAAUGAAGGAGCUGAGUUACUGAGACAAGUGAGGCAACUACAAGAAUAUCCUAUUAUUCUCGCGAAGCGGAUAGGUACCACAAAAUAUCAGGGUGUUACCCGUUUCGCAACAAGAUACAACUCAACAAUCUUAAUCAAUCCCCUAUAUGUGCAAGCAACUGAAUUACAGAAUUGGAUAAAUGAGAACAAACAAAUGCUAAUCGAAUACACAAUGAAGAGUUCAGCAGAGUCAGCUUCAUCGCUUAAUUUUGUAGCUGUUGACGAUGAAAUAUUAUCUGUUUCAGCUAUUGCUACGCAAACCUCCACUGUGAGUUCACUAAAUUACAAAAUAAAAUGUCGAGAACUGCCACACAAUGUAUCUUUUAUACAAUAUGGAUAACAAUUCAAUAAAUUUUAUUAUGAGGAUUCGUAUAUAAAAAUUAUUUUUAGUGUUAUUUGUUCUUACGACUCUGUGUUUUGAAGAUUUUUGGGUAUUUGCAUCAAAGCAGUGUGCUUCAAUUCUUUUUUUUUGGCACAAUCUUUUCAACUUUAGUGGUAAUGCACCGCAUUCAACAAACCUCUAAAUCUAAGUUUUAUAUAAUGAAGCUCUAGAAUGCAGUCAUUUUCAAGAAUGAUUGGGAAAAUUGACUUAUUGUGAUGAACACUUUUGUUAGUUUUUGCACAUUCACAUACGUUAACAUAAUAGCAAAUCUAAUAGGGUCAGGAGAAGAGUUGGCUUUCAUUAAAAGAAUUACAUUUUGUUGUUACUGGUAUUCCACAUGUGCCUUAUUAUCUUCUGAUCUUCUUAUUGACCUAUUUUUCCCAAAUAGUUUACAUCAUCAUCGAUUACGUUUUUCCUGUCUUCCCUUUGAUGGACUGCUUGGUCAGUAAAGUAACAAAUAUUUAGCUAUAUACAUGACCAAUUUAGUCAUUAGUGAACCCAAAGUCAACGAAGGUACUACUAUGGAGAAAUUGAAACUUUUGCUUUACAUGAACGAGAAAAUUAACCAAAGAAUGAGACUUGUACGAGGAAGAACAACUUGCUCUAUUCCCCGCCAAUUCGUGACAAAUUUAGCAUUAUGCUACGAAGGGAUUAAGCUAAUCCACUUGAACUUACUUAGGAAUCUUGAAAUGACUUAAUUCGAUAAAGAGAUCGCUUCAAGAAAUACUUGUUGUCCUUUGUCCUAAUUUCAGGAAGCUCUCUGUGCUUACAAUGUAAAGAAACAUAACUCCAAUUGGUGCAACAAUAAGAUUCUAUGUGAAAAUAUGAAUUAUGUUAUCUCUGAUGUCUAGAUAUGGUAGUUGACCAUAUCCCGUUGUUAUCUAUUUUUGGAUUACUGGUAGCACAUUUUUCUCAUUUACCAGUUAUAUUUUUCUGAUGCAUUUCUCUUCUUUCACCAUUUCUACUAUGGCAUUCGCACCAUUGCUGAUUUUUCCUAUGUUUCAGCCCUCCUUUGCGUACCUCACAAUGGCAUCUUGACCACUAUUGGAUCUUGUUAUGCCUUUGAUUACUAAAUUUUUCUUUCUAAGUUUCUUCUUGGUAAAACACCAAAAGUUUACCCUGUUAUCUGUUUUCUUAGGCAAUCCUUAUUUCAGUAUUACAUUUUUAUCAUUUCAUUAUAUCUUCAUAUGUCAUCUGAGGCUUAGUGGUAAUGCACAACAUUUGUAGCUUAUGCACUCAUAAGUUUUUCACAAUAAAACUCUAGAAUGCAUGUUAUUCCAAGACCAAAAGGGAAAAUUGAGUUGCUGUGAUUAUUUUGUUAAA